ACAUAGACAAUUUUCAAAACAAUUGUGGAGGUGAAUUUAAUUCAACAGAAUCUCAAUCAUCCAAAAUAUUCAGAAAAAAAAUAUUAUAUCGCGGUCGAGGUGGGAAAUUAAUGGGGCAAAAGAGUAAUAUUUUAACACAUCUCGGGCGAAAACGUAAUUCUGUUCGUGGUAAAGGACGACAUCUAUUAUUAAAUAAUAUCAAUUUAACUUCAAAUGGUGAAAGAUUAUUGACCUCGAAUAAAUCUUCAGAAGAUUGUCUGUCCAUGGAAAGGAAAAUAUUACUGUGCUCUGCAAAGGACAAAUUUCUUUUGUCACAAGAUUUAUGUGUAAUGUGUGGAUCUGCUGGACUUGAAAAGGAAAGCAAUCUUAUUGCUUGUGCACAAUGUGGUCAAUGUUAUCAUCCUUAUUGUGUGAACACAAAAAUAUCAAAUGUAAUUUUAGAAAGGGGUUGGAGGUGUCUUGAUUGUACUGUAUGCGAGAGCUGUGGUCAACGAAACGAUGAGGCGAGACUAAUCCUUUGUGAUGAAUGCGACUUAUCAUAUCAUAUAUACUGUGUAACUCCUCCAUUAGAAACAGUUCCGCAUGGCAAUUGGAAAUGUAAGUGGUGUGCUGCUUGCCACAAAUGUGGUCGAUUUUCUCCCGGAGUAAGCCAACAAAGCCGUAAUACAUUCACUAACGGUAUUAUGGAAUGUGGACAAUGUACAAGCCAAGAAAUGUGUUCAUUUUGCGGUCAACGGUAUAAUGAUGGCGAGCUUAUUAUUCAGUGUAAAAAUUGUGAACGUUGGUUACAUUGUCGUUGUGACUCUAUAAAUACUGAAGAGGAAGCCCAAAUAUGUGAUAAUAUAGAAUAUCAUUGCAUUCUAUGUCGACCCAAGGACAAAUCUUUAGCCCAAUUUUUAUCUUCAAAAACAUUAAAAGUAAUGAAAACAAUACCAUUAAGCUCUGACACUAUAAUCCCACCAAAUAAUGACACAGAAACUACAUUUUGGGUAGACGGUGUUAGUAUGAGUGAAAGAGGUGCUAAUAUGAUUAAAGCAUUGUCGACAGACAUAAAGAAAAAACGUAAAGUACGUACUCCUAAUGAUUCACAAAAUAAAGAGUCUGGAAUAUUAGCAGCUAUAGAGUCUGUUGUUGCUGGAUCAAAUAACAAUGUUCCAAUUGAAGAAAACAUUGACACAGACUCAUUAAAAAAGAGGGACACAGAUCAUUACAAGGACGGAAUGGUUUGGACAGGUGCCGAUAAUAGUCCACCCGAAGGGUUUUCGAUUUCUACGAAUGAUGAUGGAAUUGCAAUAUUACGGAAAAAACGUCAACGAAAUUUACAAAAAAUUGGUAUAGGUGGAUUCAGCGUGCGGAAUCGAGCUAUUAGAAAAGACGAAGCAUCAAACAAUUCUAAUAAUUGUAGUUAUACAGAUUCAGAAAAAAGAAAGAAAGCCGUUCGAAAAAAAGUUAAAAGUCGUUUGAGUGAAUCUUAUCCAGCGUACUUGCAAGAGGCAUUCUUUGGUAAAUCACUACUUGAAAUGAAAACCAAAAGCGAAUUACCGGUUGAAGAUUCUGACAUAUCCGAUGAACAAAUUGAGCUAAUUGAUGUUUUAUUUGCUGAAGAAUCGCCUAGCUCAAUGAGCAAAAGCGUUCCAACAUUAACUGCAAAUACUAAUGAAGACCAAAACAUCGCAAUUUCUACGUUGACUUCAAAUGUCAAAAUAAAAUGUAAAGAUGUGGAUGAAAGCGGAAUUAUUGGAAAUGGAGUUGAAGCUUUGAAUGCUGUUAAUACAAAUACAAUGCAUGAAAUUUCCAACAGCAGCAUAAUAACUUCGUCAAAAUUUGUGGAAUCAAAGAAAACAAACACAAAAGCCGAUGAAGCCAAACCAGCAAUAUUCUUUACGGAUUUAUCGAAUGAAUCAGGUAGAUCGACCUCCACUUCUAAUGUUAAAAGCCAAGUGAUUUCUACUCCCGAUGAUCACGCAAUGAAACUAAUAUAUUCAGAAACACAACAAGUUAUUGAUUUCAGUACGAUUGCGGUCUCAAAGCAAACGGAAGAGACUAAUUUAUUGGUUAAUAAGUUAAAUGAAAAUGAGGCAAAUGUGGCUUUUAUUUCGCAAUCUCCUAAACAAAUUAUAGAACAACCACCCCAAAUGCAAAUAUUGCCGAUACAUGUGCCACUGCAGAAUACAACUUGUGUAGUUGAUAGUCCUGCUGUUGAAAGUUCGAUAAUUCCUCAUAACCAAUUUGCGCAACAAUUGCAAAAUUCACAACUUAAAACUGCUCCGCCACAACUUGAUUCGGCUGGGACACAAAAAACAGCUGAAAAGAUGAGACGAGAUGAAGAUUUGGGGAAAACAGCAACAAUAUCGGCAGUACUUUAUGCUAAUACUCAACAUCCUGAGCUAAAACAGAUGUAUCCAAACUGGAACGAUCGUUGUAAACAGAUUCUAAAAAGGUGGCGGUCUCUUUCUAAUGAGAAAAAAGCUCCUUUUCUCCAGCAAGCGAAAGAUAACAGAUCUGCUCAUAGAAUACGGAGAUCACAACAGGACCAGGAAAGAAUAUGUUUUAAUCAAAAGUCCUUAAAAGAGCAAGAACAAGAACGUAUAUGGAAACAACAUCAGGCAAAAGCUAAAGAAUCGCAAAACAGCGUCAAUUAUAAUAACAGAGGGUAUUCAUUUGAUUUAAAUGGAACAUAUGAAAUGUGCUCAAUAGACAAGCGAGAUAUAAUAUACAACGGAGACUCCUUGCAUAAAAGGACACAGCCGCAACUGGUUUCAAAAGAAAAACAGGAUAAACAGUCUGAAAACAAACACCUAAGAACACUGCUUUUAAAAGAACAACAACUUAGAGCUGCAACAACAGAUCCUUGGAUUUCGAACCCAGCACCCAACAAUUCUCCCAACAGUUUGUAUCAACGCUCUUUAUCAAGUGAUUUGAUGCCUACCUCAAAUGAAAGCAAAAAUAUUCCGGUUGAUGAAUCAAAAACUAUUAAACCGUUCGAAGCUGUUCAGUUGGAACAACCUAGUUGUAAUGAAAAUAAGCAAGUUUUUAAAAACCGUAAAGAUAUAAAAUCAACAGAAAGUGGAGAGCCUGAGUUAGAAAAACUGGACUCUGAUGAAAAUGGGGCUUUUGGAGAUAUUUUGGGUGGUUUGGGAGAUGGAAAUGACGAUGAUCUCUUAAAAUCUUUAACGGCAGAAAUUGGAGAUGAUUUUAAUAUACUUGAAUAUGCGGAUCCCGCUUUAGACGAAUUGGCUUCAAAUCCAAACUUAUUAAACAAAUUAGAUUUUGAAUAAUUACCUUGCUACAAACAUUAUUUAGUAUUGUGUUGUACUAUUUAUUAACGACAUAACACAUCUUGGCUUGUGAUAAGUGAGUUAUUUGUGUGAUUUGCUGAUUUCAUAUCCAGUAAUACAUUAUUCUCUCGUUCUAAUUGAAAAAGCUAAUCUUCGUAAAAUUAUCCGCUAAAAUAAUAUUUAUUAGUAAAAUUUAUUAAUAAAAACCAAUAGUUACUGAA